CAGACUAGUUUCCGUUAUAAGGAAGAUAAACUCACACAGUCACUGACACUGAGAGGAGAAAUGGCACAGAAAGGAGUUCAGCUGGACCGAGAAACCUUCUCUUGUUCCAUCUGUUUGGAUCUACUGAAGGAUCCGGUGACUACAGCCUGUGGACACAGCUACUGCAGGAACUGUAUUAAAACCCACUUUUAUGAAGAGGACAGGAAGGGAAUCCACAGCUGCCCUCAGUGCAGGAAGACUUUCACACCGAGGCCUGUCCUGGAGAAAAACGUCAUAUUAGCAGCUUUAGUGGAGCAGCUGAAGAAGACUGGACUCCAAGCUGCUCCAGCUGAUCACUGCUAUGCUGGACCUGAAGAUGUGGCCUGUGAUGUCUGCACUGGGAGGAAACUGAAAGCCAUCAAGUCCUGUUUAGUCUGUUUAAUUUCUUACUGUGAGAAACAUCUCCAACCUCACUAUGAUGUAGUUCAGUUUAAGAAACACAAGCUGGUGGCCCCCUCCAAGAAGCUCCAGGAGAACAUCUGCUCUCGUCAUGAUGAGGUGAUGAAGAUUUUCUGUCGUACUGAUCAGCAGAGUAUCUGUUAUCUCUGCUUGAUGGAUGAACAUAAAGGCCAUGAAACAGUCCCAGCUGCAGCAGAAAGGACUGAGAAGCAGAAGGAACUUGAGGUGAGACGACUAAACAUCCAGCAGAGAAUCCAGGAGCGAGAGAAAGAUGUGAAGCUGCUUCAACAGGAGGUGGAGGCCAUCAAUGGCUCUCCUGAUAAAGCAGUGGAGGACAGUGAGAAGAUGUUCACUGAGCUGAUCCGUCUCAUCCAGAAAAGAAGCUCUGAUGUGAAGCAGCAGGUCAGAUCCCAGCAGGAAACUGAAGUGAGUCGAGUCAAAGAGCUUCAGGAGAAGCUGGAGCAGGAGAUCGCUGAGCUGAAGAGGAAAGACGGCGAGCUGGAGCAGCUCUCACACACAGAGGAUCACAACCAGUUUCUACACAACUACCCCUCACUGUCAGCACUCAGUGAGUCUACACACUCAUCCAGCAUCAAUAUUCGUCCUCUGAGGUACUUUGAGGAUGUGACAGCAGCUGUGUCAGAGACCAGAGAUAAACUACAGGACAUUCUGAGAGAGGAAUGGACAAACAUCUCACUGACAGUCACUGAAGAGGAUGUUUUACUGUCACCACCAGAGCCAAAGACCAGAGCUGGAUUCUUAAAAUAUUCACAUGAAAUCACACUGGAUCCAAACACAGCAAACACACAUCUGUUAUUAUCUGAGGGGAACAGAAAAGUAACAUUAAUGAAACGAAAACAGUUUUAUUCUGAUCAUCCAGACAGAUUCCCUGUGUAUUAUCAGGUCCUGAGUAGAGAGAGUCUGACUGGAUGUUGUUACUGGGAGGUGGAGUGGAAACGAGGAGUCGUUCGCGUAGCAGUCGCAUACAAGAAUAUGAGCAGAGUAGAGAGGCCAUUUGGAUGUUUAUUUGGAUACAAUGACAAAUCUUGGGCAUUAUAUUGUGACACAAACAGUUUUCAAUUUUGGCACAACAAAGUCCAAACUGACCUCUCAGGUCCUCGGUCCUCCAGAGUAGGAGUGUACCUGGAUCACAGAGCAGGUAUUCUGUCUUUCUACAGCGUCUCUGAAACCAUGACUCUCCUCCACAGAGUCCAGACCACAUUCACUCAGCCGCUCUAUGCUGGACUUUGUGUUUCUGGACAUUGGUUUUUAGAAUAUGGAGCCACUGCAGAGUUGAUUAAAGUCAAAUAGAGAAGACAGGUUGAUGUUGAUCCCUGACCAUUAUAUGUACUUGUGUAGUUUCUAAAUGAGGCUUUACAUUUUAGAAGCUGAGAAGUUCAGUGGUCCAUUGAUGUGUGAAAAUAAUAUUGCACUGAUUCAAACUGUACUUACAUUUAUAUACCUUACAUCAAUAUAAAUCUGAAUUUGUUCUUAUGGCUGAUAAUCAUGUGAGUUUAAA